AGUGCCAUGUCUGCAUUGUGCGUUGACAACUCAACACUUGAAAAUGUUUAAACUAUUUUUAUAUAUAUAGAGACACAAAUAGAUUGUUGUGUUUCUAUUCGGUAAAAUUACUUUGAUAUUCAUUAUAAUCAAGAUACUCUACAUUUACACUGUGUGUGCACAGUUUAUCUUUAUAGUUUAGUGGGUGAUAUCUUAGGAACUGAUGUCUAGACUUCGUGAACUCGAUCCCUCGUUGGCUUCAAAAUAAGCAAACGUAUGAAAACUGUUCAACUUCUUAAUCAAUUAUGUAAUGAAUCACAAGGAAGCAAUACUAUUAAACGUGAUGCGUGUUCUGGUUGUUUCUUCAGGGCAAAUAAUCAAUUAUUGUCAAUGGCUAAGUGUGCAGACAGUUAUCUGAACAAUACAAAUUAUGGUCAUUGCCAAAUGUAUUUAAGAAAUGCAACUAAUAAUAUAAAUUCAACAUCAAAUCCUCCAAUAAUUUACUGCUCGUUCUUAGAAUGUGUUCGACAAGUUAAUAAAAAUGCACUGAUUGGUAAAUGCAUUAAUGAAGCGAUUCGUCAAAUGCUACCAACAAUUUCAAAUGAUGAAAAUCAUUUAACAAAACUUUUCAUUAACACAACGGCCUGCAUUCUUGCAAAAACUCGUUGCGGUGCUCCAAAUCCAAUAACUGGAGCAUUUCAGGGCGACGAAUUAAUAAAUAAAUUACAUAUACCGUCAAUGAAUGCAAUAUUUGUUAAUUCAGAAUACGAUAUAAAUAUUGUUCAGUUACCAUUUGGAAAUGGUCAAUUCUUGGAUGAUUGCGUCAAAUAUCGAAAUAUUGAACAAGCAAAUUGGCCCGGUGUUAAAUGUUAA